AUGCUGCGUGUUCUGAUGUCUAUUCUCGAUCCUCUUGGUUUGAUCGCACAUUUUCUCAUGUACUUAAAAGUUAUCCUCCAAGAUGUUUGGCGUGCCGGAAUUGAUUGGGACGACCAAAUCGACAACACACUGUUCGAAAAGUGGCAGAGAUGGCUUCAAGUGCUUCCAAGAGUCGAAGAAAUUAGUAUUCCUCGGUGCUACUUCAGUCACACAGAUGCUGUUGGCGAAAAUAUUCAGCUCCACACGUUCGUAGAUGCUGGCGACAAUGGCAUUGCAGCAGCGUGUUAUUUGCGCGUCGUUCAGGACGGCAUUGUUGAGUGUAGACUAGUUGCCGCGAAAACUAGAGUCGCUCCAUUAAAGUAUAUGUCAACGCCUAAACUUGAGCUCCAAGCAGCGUUAGUGGGUGCGCGACUAUCUCGAUCAGUUUCCGAAGCUCUUGUUAUCAAAUUCUCUCGAAAAAUGUUUUGGUCAGACUCACAGGACGUAAUAUGUUGGAUCAAGUCGGAUCACCGCCGUUAUUCACAGUUUGUGGCAUUCCGAGUUAGUGAAAUACUGGAGACGACAGAGAUGAGCGAAUGGAGAUACGUUCCUACCGAUUUAAACGUGGCAGACGAUGGGACCAAGUGGAAAGGGGUUCCUGAUUUGACUUCAAAGGCCAGAUGGUUUAACGGCCCUAAAUUUCUUUAUCAAUCAGACGAAUGUUGGCCGGUUUCGUGUAAGAACUCGUUGGCUACAGAGCUAGAAUUACGUCCGAGCGUAUUAGUUCACUCUGUCGCAGCAGUGCCCGCGGUAUGCGUUACCGACUUUUCUUCUUGGAAUCGGUUAGUUAAUGUCGUUGCUCUGGUACGCAGAUUUGUGAAAAAUUGCAAACUAAAACUCAAGAAAAGUUCAAUCGUGGUUGGGCCACUUUCAAGCCAAGAAAUAUCUUCCUCAGCUCAUUAUUUAAUCCGUCAAGCGCAGCAGGAGGCCUAUCAAGACGAAAUUACCGUCUUAAAACAAUCACAGCAAGAUCUAGAGCGUUUUACAGCGCGGAUUCCCACUACAAGUUCAAUUUAUAAGAAAUCACCGUGGAUAGACCAGAAUUCGAUUUUGAGAAUGCGAGGCCGCAUCGCCGCCUGUGACUACGCUACAGAGGAUGCAAAGAAUCCGAUAAUUCUGCCCCGUGACCACCAUACCACCAAGUUGAUCGUUGCACAUUAUCACCAAAAAUAUCACCACCAGAAUCACGAGACCGUGAUUAACGAAAUUCGCCAGAAAUACAGCAUUCCCAAACUCCGUGCGACAUACUCCAAAGUAAAAAGAGACUGUCAGCGAUGUAUGAACUACAGAGUACUCCCGCAAGUUCCAAUCAUGGCCGACUUACCAUCAGCACGCCUGGAUGCCUUCACGCGCCCUUUCACGCAUGUUGGCGUCGAUUUCUUCGGACCGUACGAGAUCGUCAUAGGACGUCGAGCAGAAAAGCGUUGGGGGAUGCUGGCAACGUGUCUCACAGUUCGGACGAUUCACAUCGAGGUUGUGAACUCACUUAGUUCUGACUCGUGCAUAAUGGCACUUAGAAAUUUUGUGGCAAGGAGAGGUAAACCGAGAACCUUUUACAGUGAUCGUGGCACUAAUUUUGUCGGUGCAAACCGUGUUAUCAAAGAAGCAGAAGGUUCUAUCAACCAUGAAGAAUUGAUGAGAGAAUUCACCGACGCGGAAACUAGCUGGACGUUUCUACCUCCUUCUUGUCCUCAUAUGGGUGGGAGUUGGGAACGCCUGAUUGGGUGCGUUAAAAAGAACUUGAUGGUAGUUCUGCAUGCUCGGAAGCUCAGUGACGAAGUUCUGCGAAACGUGUUAACAGAAGUUAAAAAUGUCGUAAACUCUCGACCGUUGACACAUGUUCCUGUUGACGAUGAUUCAGCGCCUGCUUUGACCCCGAAUCAUUUCCUGCUGGGAUCAUCCAACGGAGUUAAACCGUUAAGCACUAUCGUCGAUACUGAUGCCGUGCUUCGUCAAAGCUGGCGAUUAUCUCAGGUUCAAGCAAAUCGUUUUUGGACACGUUGGGUAACUGAUUAUCUGCCAGAAUUAACUCGUCGUACGAAAUGGUUCAACUACACGAAACCGAUCCAGCCGGAUGAUGUUGUAGUGAUUGUGGACCCGCAAUCGCCUAGGAGCUGCUGGCCAAAGAGGAGAAUUAUUUGCACUCAACCGGGCCGAGACGGUCUAACAAGAUCAGCGACUGUAAGGACUUCGGCCGGCAUUUAUGAACGACCAGUUGCCAAGUUGGCCAUACUAGACGUGCGGCGCGACGUUGUGUAA